GUGAUUUUUGAAGUUAGUUUAAGAAAUCUUGUCGGAUCGAAAGGUCGUUAGCGGUUUUCGUGGCGCGUUCUUUGAAGCCCCAUCCGAAAGUCCGUAAAAACAGCGCGCUGUUGUUUCCUAUCCCCCGUUCGCGCAAAUCCCCUUUCCAACUGACCAGGCAACGGCAACUGCGGCCAGGCGCUUCCAAUUCCCGCAACCUAACCAUAAAGCCAGGCGAUUGUGCAAUCGCAGGUGUCCGUUGGCUAUAUAAUCCACCUGUACAAUGAUCCGCAUCCGAUUCGGAAUGGACGUGCUGCUAGUUUUGCUACUUGCCACAUGCCUGCUGACCCCUGCACAUGGAACGCCACUGGAGUGGGACUUCGCCGUCACGCUGAGGACGAAGAUCCAGUUCAUGGACAGUUCCUGGCAGACGAUAGCCACCGCCGCCCACGAGUUCGACGAGCUGUCCGCCCUGACCUUUGAUGAGUCGGAGGAGCUGAUCUACUUCAAUGACCUGAAGCACCGCAAUGGCAGCAUAUUCUCCCUGAAACGGGAUCUCGUAGCCGCCAACCACGUGGCGGAGCAAACAAUCGCACGCACGGGAAAUGAGUCGGUGGGAGGACUAGCCUACGACCCACUGAACAUGAACCUCUUCUGGUCGGACACCGAGCAGAGGAAGAUCUUCUUCGCCCCCAUUUACGGCUCCGCGACGCCCAAGGUUCUGGUGGAUCUGAGCGCGGAGGGUGGACGACCAGAUGGCGUGGCCGUCGAUGUGUGCCGCCGCAAGCUGUACUGGACGAACUCGAACGUCACGCAUCCCACCGUGGAGAGGAUCAAUCUGGAUGGCAGCAAUAGGACCGUGAUCAUCAACUCCGAUAUCGAUAUGCCCAGGGGAAUCGUGGUGGAUCAGCUGUCGGAUCGCCUCUUCUGGAUUGACGACCUGAAGGGCGUGUUCUUCUCGGUAGAGAGCUGCAAGCUGGACGGUUCCGAUCGUCAGGUGGUGCUGAAGGACAAGCACCACGAGCCCCUCAACCUGGCUGUGACCAACGAUGCGAUCUACUGGACGGAUCGUACUACCAGGGCCGUUUGGAGCCACCCGAAAGUGCCGGUGAUCAAGGUUACCACCACUAGCAAGCCAGAAGAGGAGGAUUCCACUGAUUCCACGGACUUCACGGACCCGGAGCCAAUGGCCGAGGACUGUCCGCUGGUUCGCGUUGCCAAUCUUAGCGAGGAAGCGCGAGGAAUUGUGGUCCGCACCGGCUUCUACCAGAGACUGCAGAAGGACCACCACUGCGCCAGCAUUGUGCGGAAGGUGAAGGAGCGCGUGGUCGAGCAGAACAGGAAGUUCGAAAUACGCUCAAUGCUGGACCAAAAGAUAAAGGUACUGGAGGACGAGCGUUGCAUGAACGGCGGCGAGUACAGGGCUGCCACGGAUCUGUGUAUCUGCCCGACUGGCUUCAAGGGAUCCCGUUGCGAGAUCCGCGAGUGCCACAACUACUGCGUCCACGGCACAUGCCAGAUGUCGGAGUUGGCCUACCCCAAGUGCUACUGCCAACCGGGAUUCACGGGCGAGCGCUGUGAGUUGAGCGUGUGCUCCGGACUGUGCCUCAAUGGUGGUCACUGUCGGGUGUCCAAGGACGAGAACGAAGCGCCCAGCUGUGAGUGUCCAGCCAAGUUUGGAGGAGCUCGCUGCGAGCAGAACUCCACGGAGAUCUGCUCCCUUUUCUGCCGUCUGUUGAAGCACGAGCCGGAGAUGUAUGUGCCCUUCGGCUGUCACAGCAUCUGUGAGGAACUGGCGCAAGACAACAGCACCUACAUUGCUGUUCCGCAGUACGAGCAUUUGGAGGUGUGCCUUACGCCCAGAGUGUGGACCAGCAGCGUGAUCAUCAUCCUCGUCGUGGGCAUCGUUUCUAGCUUGCUGCUAGUGGCUGUGAUCGUUCACGGAAUCCGUCGCCUGUAUAAACCCAAGCGCCCACGCAUCAGGAAGACCUUUGUGGUUCGGAAGCAGGCCAGAACCAACUCGGCAGGAGACACUCCGCUCACCAACCGCCCACUGGCCACCGAGCAGUGCGAGAUCACGAUAGAGAACUGCUGCAACAUGAACAUCUGCGAGACUCCCUGUUUCGACCCCAAGCUGGUGGAGCAGACGCUGUCCAAGUCCAGCUGCAAGGAGGACAAGAAGAUACUCAUCCACAACAUGGAGGAUGACCUGUACUAGGGCGCGGCGGACGGACGGACAUCAUCCUGCGCCCCAAAACUGAACCUUGUGAUAGUCGUCGUCGUCGAGUGCGGAUUUGGUGUAUUCGAGCUUGAAAAGCUGCUGCCCGCCCGGCCCUCGACCCCGUUAGCCGCCAAGGUGCUCACCCAGGCAACCAGCAACUAGAAACCAAUUACCAACCAGCCACAGCAAUGUGCAACCAGCAACAGCAGCCUAAUACUUAACACUCGCCUGGGACACUUAACACUCGCCAAACCAAACCAUUUACUUAAGCCGAAGCAACAUUUUUACUUAGCGAUCUUCGGUCUCGUUAAUUUAUUCGUAGGAUCAUUUUACGCCAGAAUUAGGAUUUUAGCUCAAAGCAGCAUCAUUUUUGGAUUUUUAAUUUCUUAAUUUUUAUUCGGUUUACCUUUGAAUACGUCAUGUUGAAAUGAAUGCAAGUAAGUCGCGCGACUGACAUUAGCUUUAAAAACGGAUUACGCACGGAUAACAAGAGCCUGUAGAUCUUAAGCAGCCACAAGACCAUUGCGAUUGUGAUGAUUACACCCGGAUCUGUUGUAAUUAGCCCUACCAAGUGAGUCAUUGUGCACUUUCCUUUUCCCCAUGCUGUGAAAAAAACUUCGCUACUACUAAAACAAAAGAAAAACGCCCCACCAAAUGCGAAAUAUCAUGGCUUAUCUGGCGAUAAUUUGAACAACUAUACUGCUGAAAAUUCACAGAAAAAGAACCAAAAACAGAGGGGCAAACUCUCACAGAAAGACCGAGAGUUGUAAAUAUUAAAGCAUAGUUUAAUUUAAGUCGUAGUCCUUAAGAAAAGGGUUGAAUAAAGAAAAACUAUAUGCAGUUGUAAUUGAA